UUUUUACUAGUGAAGCUGAAUCAUGUACUUAUUGGUUAAUUUACAUUUUUCAUUGCUGAGCAAGAAUUUAACCAAUAAUGUUUUUGUUAAUUAAUUUACAAAUUAUACAAUGUAUAACGUUAUUGGUAGUGUUAUGGUUAUUAUAAUGAUUCUGGGAAAUUUGGAAAAUUUUACUGUAAUCUAUACAUACGCUACGAAUAGGAAAAUACGUACAGUUGAUAACUUGUUCAUUGUCGGAAUUGCUAUCAGUGACAUGGGGCAAGCUAUUUUAGGAGUACCACUUGUUGUUGCAUCUAGUUUUAGUAAGCAUUGGAUAUUUGGAUAUAGUUCAUGCCAGUAUUAUGCCUUCAUUACAACUUUUCUAGGAAUAUCUCAAGUUGCUUUGUUAACCUCGUUAGCAGUAGAUCGUUACUAUAUUAUAGUACGAUGUAGCAGAAAACUGUCGAAUUCGUUUUGUCGGAGUAUUCUUACAAUUACAACUUCGUUCCUGUUUGGUUUCGGGUGGGCUUUAGGACCACUUGUCGGUUGGUCAAGUUAUGAAGAGGAAAUUAAAGGAAUAGCAUGUUCUGUCAGUUGGGAAAUAAAAGACAAUAAUCAUCUUUCAUAUACAUUCAGUUUGCUCACAUUUGGCUGGUUUAUUCCACUAUUCAUAAUUGGUUUUGGUUAUACAAGUAUUGCCUGGACGAUAUAUCAAGAAAAGUCUCUCCAUCAACACUUACGGAAAAAGUCGGUUCGGAGGUCAAGUAGAGACAAGAAAGUGUCUGUAACUUUAUUUUUAAUGAUUGGUGCUUUUAUUUUAUCGUGGCUGCCAUACUCUGUUGUGUCGAUGUGGUCAGCUUUGGGAAACUACGAAUCUAUUCCUGCUUGGUCACAAGUAGCCCCAGCUGUGUUUGCUAAAUGCUCAAUUAUUUGGAACCCUAUUAUAUAUGUGGCAAGACAUAGUUGCUUUCGGAAGGCAAUCAAAGAGAAAAUUAUAUGUUUUACACACAUGAAUAUAUUAACUAUAAGAAGGAAAACGGACAGAACAAUAAACUUAUUAUAUCUUAAUAUGAUUAACAAAAACAAGAAAGAAGGAACACACGGUGAAAACGUGUUAUUGGAUUCAAAUUUUCACAACAACCAAUCAUGUGGCGAUUUGGCUGAAACACUUUACAUUGACGCAUCUGUAAAUGAUAAGUUGGAUAUGUCUGAAAUGGUUUAAUCACAGAAACCAAAAAACAACAAAACAAAAGAAUAUUUUUCAUAAAAGAUGACGAAAUGUGUGCAAGAAUUAUUAAAUGUAACAUAUUUUGGAUUGUUCAGUAAAUACAUGUCUAAUUGAACACCUCACUGACAGAGAAAAUAUUUUAAAACUGUUUAAAUUUGUUUAUAAUUUGAUUAAAUAUGACAUUUUCUAUCUUUUUCACACAGAAAAACUUUCACAUAAAUUGUUUGGUUUGAACAUAAAAUUAUAAUUUGCAAGACAUAAAAGCACAAGAGAACAAGCCAUUGACAGGAUUAUAGCUUUUUAAAAUACCAAUUAAAUUAAACAAAAUAAAUGCUAACUAACAAUAGAAUGUGUGUUAUUCCAUUAUAUAUAAACAGUUCGUCCAACAAUACAUUCAUUACAUAACAAUACAUUGGUUCUCUUUGUAAUUAAAGCA